UCAGGCCUUAGCUGUAGCGCCAGCGAUGAAGAGAGAGGGUCGCCAACACGGAAUGGUAAGGUCUUACCGGAUCCUACCACUUCCUCUCAAUCCCCGACCCAAAACCCGCUUCAUCAAUCGGCUAGAAUCCCCUCCCACCGCCGGUCUGUUCACCAAAGUUCCCUCUAAACCCUCCAACCACUCCAAGUUCACCGGCAAGUGCUCCGUCCCCCGCUGCAAUGCCUGCCACGUUACUCCCUCCUCCAAGUCCAGGGACAAGGCCAAAGGCACCCACAAGCUUAAAUCCUCCGACGUCCUUUGGAACGCCCGCCGCGCCUCUUGGCGGGUCGUUGAUGUCCGACCCGGUUUCCAUCUCUCGGGGCUAUCCGUGACUCAGAUGUUGGAUCAUCUUUCUGUUGACGACUCCGAGGAUGAAGGCGAUGAGGAGGUCGCCGAUGAAGAUGCGGUGAGUCCCAAGGAUUCCUACUUCUUUGCUGACCUGUUUCGUAGAAGUGAUUGUGCCGAGAAUAGCUGUGAUGAUGACGAAAAUGGUUUCUGUGAGGGUGAUUGGGUGAGAAAUGAAUAUGAUGAUGCUUUGAUUUCUGAGAUGGGAUUGCAGAUGGAGCAUUACGAGGUUGAAGAAGAUGGAGAUUGGUACUUCGUGGAAUCUUAUUCAUGAUUGAUGAUCAAUCAAAUACUUAAUUGGUUACUUGAACUGCUCGAUUCGAACAUUUUGGAGGAUAAGUGGAUGGUCGGUGCUGUCUCUGACGUGUCGUCCUGGGCUUAUCCACUUGGCAUUUCUUUUGCUGGACAAGAUUAAGACGUAAACAGGCCGAUGAAAUAGUGCGUUAUGUUUGAUUCUUUAGCCAAAAUGAUUACCUUACGUAAUCACCUUUGUUAUUAAAGUUAAUGUAAAAUCUGUAUUAUGAGUAUAAUGUAAUUUCGCUUCAUAUAAAUGACUCAGGACUCGUUUGGAACAA